CGGGGCCGGGGGGCGGGCGGGAGGAGGUGGUAUUUAGCAGGGCGCUGAGGGGUGGAGGGGUGGUGUUUUGGGGGUGAGUGCAGUCAUGGCGUCUGUAGUAAGGAAAAUUAUCAGCACUACUAAAGCACCUUUACCGCUGGGUGCCUACAGCCAAGCUGUGCUUGUAGACCGGACCAUGUACGUUGCAGGACAGAUAGGUAUAGAACCUUCCAGUGGGCAGCUUGUGCCUGGAGGUGUAAGGGAAGAAGCUAAGCAGGCACUAAAAAAUUUGGGAGAAAUCCUGAAAGCUGCAGGCUGUGACUAUAGCAAUGUUGUGAAGACUACGGUUUUUAUGGCCGACAUAAAGGACUUCAAUGAUAUGAAUGAUGUCUACGGACAAUUUUUCACAUCACGCUUCCCAGUCAGAGCAGCCUUUCAGGUUGCUGCUUUGCCAAAAGGUGCCCAGAUUGAGAUUGAAGCUAUUGCCAUUCAAGGACCCAUUCUUGAUGUAUAAGCGAAGACUGAAUAUGCUACACCAAGCUUACCUGGAAAGAAUGGAUUAGUGUUGGGACUUGAUCACGAUUUUUCAUACUGAAGCAAUUGCUAAACAAGGUGGAUAUUCAUUUCAGAAGGAAGAAAGUGAUGCUUCUCCAAAAUAACGUCCUCAUAGUUAUGAAUCAGCUGCAAAUGAAUCUCUACCUGCAACCUUUUUUGUAGUCUCUUUCAUAGCAAUUCAACAUUGAUUAUACUGUGAUUGGGGGGGGUGUCAAAAGGCAUUCCAAUUGUAUGAGGGCGAAGUAACCUGUUUAAUGAGAAAUAAAUAAUAAUUGCAUGUUUAAAAA